AUGUGCCUCACCGACGCCCCCCCCUCUGGCCCCGUGUCGAGCGGCUCACACCCCGUCCAAGACCAGUCCGCCAGCUCGCCGUAUCAGAAUGUCAACGACUUCAUCUCAAAUGUCAACCGGUUCAAGAUCAUCGAGAGCACUCUGCGCGAGGGCGAGCAGUUCGCCAAUGCCUUCUUCGACACAGAAACCAAGAUCCGCAUGCAAGCUCUCGAUGAGUUUGGCGUCGAUUAUAUAGAGCUCACCAGUCCUGUUUCCUCUCCUCAAUCAUAUGAGGAUUGUAAGACUAUUUGCAGCCUUGGCUUGAAGACCAAGGUUCUCACUCACGUACGAUGCAACAUGGAGGACGCCAAGAAGGCCGUUGAGUGUGGUGUAGAUGGUGUCGACCUUGUUAUCGGUACUUCCAGUUUCCUACAAAAGUACAGCCACGGAAAGAGCAUAGAGAUGAUUCAGAAGACUGCCCUGGAAGUCAUUGAAUAUGUCAAGAGCCAAGGUGUUGAGGUCCGCUUCUCGUCAGAGGACUCGUUCCGAAGUGACCUUGUCGACCUUCUCACUCUCUACAAGGCCGUCGACAAGGCUGGUGUCAACCGAGUCGGUGUUGCGGAUACUGUUGGAGGAGCUACCCCCCGAAUGGUCUACGACCUUAUCCGAACGCUUCGAGGCGUCGUGAGCUGUGAUAUCGAAACACACUUCCACGACGACACCGGCUGUGCUGUCGCCAAUGCUCACUCCGCUCUCGAGGCUGGAGCAACCCACAUUGACACUAGUGUUUUGGGCAUUGGUGAGCGCAAUGGCAUUACUCCACUUGGCGCCCUGAUGGCUCGCAUGGUUGUGACCGCCCCCGAGUAUGUCACCAAGAAGUAUAACCUCAAGGCGCUCAAGGAGGUUGAGGAGCUGGUCGCCUCUGCCGUCAACAUCAAUAUUCCAUUCAACAACCCCAUCACCGGUUUCUGCGCUUUCACGCACAAGGCUGGUAUCCACGCCAAGGCUAUUCUGGCAAACCCUUCGACCUACGAGAUUAUCGACCCCGCCCUGUUCGGAUUGACUCGAUAUAUCUCAAUCAACUCAAGAAUUACUGGCUGGAAUGCGAUCCGCUCGCGUUGCGAGCAAUUAGGAAUAAAGAUGACGGAUGACGAGGUCAAGGAAGUGACUGCCAAGAUUAAGCAGAUGGCCGACAUUCGACCAUUGGCUAUCGACGAUACCGACUCCAUCCUCCACUCUUACCACAUCGAGCUGCAAAAGAAGCGGGAGCUGCAGGAGCAGCAGGCAUAGAGAUUGAAAAAAAGGUGUUUGGUUGUGCAUUUCAGGCUGAGGAUCAAAAAAAAAAAGGAAAACUGCGCCACAAUGUAAAAAAUGGCCGAAGGAAAUUGAUUGGGUUGGAACAAAAUAUUAAGGGCCGAUCAUCGGCCUAAAACAAGCAUUAUUCUCUAUCAUCUGUCUAUUUGGUUGUUUUGAUGUAUCACGUGCGCCUCCGGGCACGGCUUGCAAGAUCGGAGAGAACAAUCAACACGACCUCGGCAACACUACCCAGGCAGUUCUGUGUAGGCUGUUUCGCGUAAUUCGGUUGGUUGUACGGCAGGACGCAAGCUCCAAAAAUUGGUGAAAGAGACUUCAGAACCGAGCUAUCCUCCCAACCUCCGAAAUCCGGCUGCACGCCGAGAUCAAGUUCGCGCUAG